UCACAGCUAGCAGCUUAGAGUUCAAGUCUUUGAUGUGGCACUUUUUAGCAACACGCUGUACUCUGCAUCAUCUUGAGAGUGUCGAUUACACAAGUGCACUGGCACGAAGAAUCUCCCACCCAAAACUAAUACUGUCGGCGACACAUAAUUUGUAGUAACCGGUAAACUAGCAUCCCUUCAGUUAUGGGAAUCAUGUGCUUAUUACCGAAUGUAAUAUGCUCCACCUGAUCCAAGACUUGCACAUACUGUUCAGGUCCUAUGCAUGAAUACAUGCCAUAGGGCUCCUGAAAUACCGAUCCCUAGGCACAUGGCUAACUCCUAGGCCAUAUGCUGACUUCAUCAUAUAAGAAUAGAAUGCAACUUCAAGGGCAUCUGGGCUUCUGGAGCCACUACACUAAUACUGAAGAAAAUGGCUGGCUCACCAUCAUAUAUGUACAACCUAAGCAACUGAACUAUAAAGCAGACUGCAAGUUCCAGCUCACCUCAAAAUCAGCAAGAAUCUCUCAUCAAUCAUCAUGCCUAGUCGCUUUGCAUCGCUCAUGAUGCACAGCAUGGUUUUCAGACUCCUCUUUGGAUUUGUCCUCCCUCUCUUCCUACAAUCCUCAUCGGUGCUAUCCAAUCCAUUAGUAUUAGGACUCCAAUCCACAUCAUCAGGGCUGCCCAAUCCAUCAGGGCUGAGGGUUGGCUUUUACCGGUACACAUGUCCAAAUGCGGAGGCCAUUGUUCGUGAUGAAAUGACCAAGAUCAUCUCUCAAGUCCCAAGCCUCGCUGGCCCGCUGCUUCGGAUGCAUUUUCACGACUGCUUUGUGAAUGGUUGUGAUGGUUCUAUUCUUCUGAAUAGCCUAGGGGGAUUACCAUCCGAGAAGGAGGCGAUACCGAACCUCAGCCUGCGAGGCUUUGGCACGAUCGACCGUGUCAAGGCGAAGCUGGAGCAGGCCUGCCCUGGAGUGGUGUCCUGUGCUGAUAUCCUGGCUUUGGUAGCAAGGGAUGUUGUUGUACUGACGAAAGGGCCUCACUGGGAUGUUCCAACUGGGCGGAGAGAUGGGAGGAGAUCGGUGAAGCAAGAUGCCUUGGACAACCUCCCUCCGCCCUUCUUUGAUGCAGGUCGGAACCUGUACCAGUUCUUCAUCCCCAAGGGCCUUGACGCAAAGGAUCAGGUGGUUCUGCUAGGGGGACACACACUGGGGACCUCCCACUGCUCGUCAUUCGCCGACCGGCUGCACAACUUCAACGGCACGAUGAUGCCAGACCCGUCCCUGGACAGGCGCUACGUCCCGCGGCUGAAGAGCAAGUGCAGCAACCCCGGGGACACGACGACGCUGGUGGAGAUGGACCCGGGCAGCUUCCGGACCUUCGACGCGAGCUACUACAAGCACGUCGCCAAGGGCAGGUCCCUCUUCACCUCCGACCAGACGCUCAUGAACGACCCCUCCGCCAGGGCCUACGUCCAGCGGCAGGCCGCCGUGGCCGACGCCGGCGCCUACCCGGCCGAGUUCUUCGCCGACUUCGCGGCGUCCAUGGUGAAGAUGGGUGGCAUGCAGGUGCUCACCGGCGCGCAGGGGGAGGUCCGGAGGCACUGCGCGUUUGUGAACUAGAAGAUGCGUGUAUAGGUAUACGUAUAGCCUCGGUGAUUCAUGUGUUGGGUUGUGAGGAGGAUUGUUUGAUUAGUGGUUAAUUUUCUUGCAUGUGUGUAGAAAGAUCAUUACCGUGUUCAAUUUACAGGGUGUGAGCGCAUCAUGUGUUCAGUCCAUUUGUAAUGUUUUCAUGACAUCAAAUAAGCAGCUUCUGGUUAGUUCAGUGACGAAAUAAUGAUGUUUUG